AUGACAGACGCACCUCAGCCCGUCCUCCAUGACAAUGCCGAGCGUGUCAAGGCAAAGGAGGAAGCUCGCGAGAUAGGCCUGGACCUGCUUCGGAAAAUCAAAAUCCUUCUCCAUAAAGAUCCGGUCGGGCGCAGCCUAGAACGCUUGGAGGAUUGGAAUGAAAACCUGGGUAAAGUUCCGGGCCACACCAUUACCCAACGCGUACAACGCCAUAUUAAUGCUAACCAUGGGCCAGAUAUCCUGGAAGUCAACAUCAAGUCGCGCGAGAUUCUGGUUGGCGUUGUUGGAGAGACAGGACUUGGCAAAAGUUCCCUGAUCAAUGCACUCCUUGAAUGCUCAAUUGUGCCCACCAGCAAUUCCGAGGCUUGCACAGCGACCGUUUGCAUCUUUGGUUGGAACUCUGACAUCACAGAUGGGAAAAUCUUCAAAGGAAAGAUUACUUUCAAGAGUCGCGAGACUGUCGAGGUUGAACUCGACGCGCUUAAGACUGAGCUGGCAGAUCUUGAAGAUACCCGCACAGCCCAGAAAGAAAACCCAGACCCCGAAUACAAUGAUCGAUGCGCCCAGGCCACCAGGCAAGUCAAAAACGUUGCCAGUUGGUCAGGACAUACGGAAGAAUUCAUCCGAAAAUCAUCUCCGGAACAGAUCAUUCGAAAAUCGGCUGCCUUUUCCAGCAUUUUCAGAAAUGGGAGAGGCGACAAAUCAGACAAGACCUUCAAGCCUCUCAAGGCUGCAUCGAGACAGAGUUUCGUCGAUCUUCUCACGCCGUAUGUGGCCAGCUCAACGGGCAAGCUUUCGGGAACACAAUACUGGCCGCUGGUCGAGCAGGUAGAGAUCUUUCUCCGGUCUGAAAUCCUCCGUCACGGAAUCAAGCUCGUUGAUCUACCCGGUGUCAUGGAUGCCCUGGAAUCGCGCGCCCAGAUAGCGCGGGACUACUUCGAGCACCUCGAGAAGAGAAUCGUUGUUACUCCAGCAACAAGAGCUGCCGACAAUAGAGCAGCUGCAGAGCUCAUCUUGUCAGAGCAACAAACCUUGGUUUUGGACAUGAACGACAUGCUGAAGGCCGAUUCGCUCUGUGUGGCUAUCACAAAGAUAGAUGACAUUGAUUGCGAUUCUGCGGAAAACGAGUUUCCUACGAAUGAUAUUCGCAGAAUUUGCUUUGAGCUCAAGGAGCGCGAGGAACGCGAGGAAGACUUCUCAGACGAGGACGAUGAUCAUAAUCGCCACGACGAUGUCUAUCAGACUGGCAAGAAACGGCAACGAGGCAACGACGCACUGACACGAAGGGUGAGACAGAGAAGUGAGUCUGUUGAGCCUGGAGAUGGCAAUGACUACUCUGGCGUACGCACGGAAGUGCUUAAAUCUAUGCUCAAGGCACUUUGCAUCCAAGAGCGGAACGCCCAGUUGAAGCAGAAAGUCGAGGACAACCUCCUUGCAGCCAAGAAGAAAGGCAGUAAGUCUCGAGCGAACUCCGACACCCUAACAGAGGUUUUCCCCGUUAGCAGCAAGGCAUUCCGAUCAUUUAAAAGAUCAAGCAAAAGAUGCGGCAUUGAGGGGUUCCCGGACCGGGAGUCGACCGGCAUCCCGAACCUCAGAUCCUGGAUUGACCAAGUUUCUCUUGAUUACCGAGAGGAGUGGGUUGAUGGCGACAUUCACCAUCUGCAAGUCCUGUUCGACGCGGCCGAUGGUUGGAAUCAAGGUGAUGACUUGCUGACCACAAAGCUCACUGUCAACGAGAAGAAAAAGGUUGAUGAUGAAAUCAAUCGCCUGAGCACCAAUCUCAAACAACGUGUCAACAACAGAAUUCGCGGCAACAUUCAGAAGAAUCUUGCUGCUCUGAAACCUCUACGAAAUACUCCUCUGAAGAGAAAGAGUGUAGCUAGGAAGACGGCAAAGGAAGAGCCAGAGCUAGCCUUGGCUGCUUCACUUCUCGGCCGAGCAGUUAGUGCCUGGGAGAGCAAGAAUCCACGGGCAAAUGUGUUGGCGAAGUCUAGACACGAGAAGACUCAUUGGGCCACAUACAGGGCUUGUGUGAGAAGGAACGGCGCCCCAUUCAACCGCCCAGCAAGAAACGGACAGCCCGAGUCCACGAUUCACUGGAUGGACGAUGUUUCACAUGCUUUCUGGCAAGCACACUUUGUCAGCUGGACCUUCCAAUUUAUGCGUCCAAUUCCCGUCAUUAAAGGCAGGGUUCGGGGAAGUGGGUUGACGGUCUUUAACGCCUGGCUCCAGAGAAUAUUGGAAGAUAAAGAAUUGCCUCAGUCGUUCCGAGAUUUGUUGAAGGCAAAUGCCUUCAAGCUGAACCAUCUCUUCGAGAAAUACAUUGCGGAUGUCCGAGCGCGCGUCAACGAGUUCCAGGUGACAUCCAGGCAGAAAAGAGCUUCCCUGCAGAAAGCAAUGGCAGGUUGCAUGCGACCAGGUUUUGAAGCUGCCAUCCAGCACAAAGGUAAGGGAUUCAUGGCGAAGCAAAUGGAGACAGUUCAUACACAUGCCAGCGCCGUCGGCUACAGCAUGUUCGAGACGGUGCGCAACGACCUGGAGAAGAAGCUUGCAGACGACAUCAAACAGCUCUCUGCCGAUAUUGCCAAAUAUUGGACAGGCGAGAAGAAGGGCUGCGGUACUCUUAUCAAGGAGGAGAUGACCCGCUUGUCCAAGCGACUUUGCGGAAGAAACGACAAACAGACGACAUCGGGGGAAAUCAGCAUCGAAACCAAGAAUCAGCUUUCUGGCAUUAUUAGCGCUUGGCGGUCGGAGUGGCACCGAGUCUCCAUCCGUCUCCCGGCGCCGACGCUUCCAUUGGAGGAGUUCGAGAGCACGGAUGCGGAGGAGGAUUAA